UCAUUCUUCACCAGCAAUACUCAUUAGUAAGUAGUUUUGACACAGAGACAGAGGUUGUGUGUGUGUUUGAAGUGUGCUUUUAAUUAUUUGAGUUAGAAGAAGAAAAUGGAUAACUCCCAGAGCAUUAGCCACAAAGCUGGACAGGUGCAAGGCCAAGCACAGGAAAAGGGCAACCAGAUGAUGGAGAAGGCUGGCAAUGCUGCCCAAUCUGCCAUGGAAUCAAUGCAGCAGGCUGGACAGCAAGCGCAGGCCAAGGCACAGGGCGCAGUUGAUGCUGUGAAGGAUGCAACUGGCAUGAACAAAUGAGGGCUUCGCCAUCGUCGUCUAGCUUCUAUCCUAUUCAUGCAUCCAUUUUUAAUUCAUUCUUUUUGUUUGUUUGAUUUUUCCGGAGUUGUUAGGUAUGUUUAGUUUGAAAUUUUGAGUUUAAAUUUCGAUAUCAAUGACUUCUGUUGGGCAAACAGAAGAAGAGUUUUUGAUAAAGUUCUUUAGUUGAUCAAAUAAAUAUAUUUCGCCCACA